GAGAGAGGGCAGGCGAGCGAGCGCGUAAUCAGCACUGCCUACGGACUAGUUUACGGUAACACUCUCUAAAUUGCUGCCUGGGCCGACGAAAGUGCUCUUUUGGACUUAGUCGGGAUUGUAACGCUGAGCUAUACCUAUUAUGUUGUUCGCUAGCCCUUGACGGCGUUAACCGGAGAACUAGACAGCACAGAGAUCCUCGGUGCGGGUCAAGCACAUCUCACCCGACAAACUGAAAAAAGGAGGAGAGGCCAAAAAGACAACUGCAACUGGAGGAAAAAAGUGUCUACAAUCCUCACGGAUUGCCACAACGUCGAAGAUUAUCGGGACAUGAUGGCCACGGAGGAACUAUACGAGGUGGAGAGAAUAGUGGGUAAACGGAAGAACAAGAAGGGGAAGACAGAGUACUUGGUCCGCUGGAGAGGCUAUGGCUUUGAGGGAGACACCUGGGAGCCAGAGAGUCACCUGUCCAGCUGCAUCGAGUUCAUUCGUGAAUUUAAUCGUCAGCACAGUGAGAAGCAGAAAGACGGAACGUUACUACGUUCAACACGUGGCGCUCCCAGCACAACCGGAGGCAACACUAGCAUCAAUGCACGCAAACAGAUCAGCAGGCCUCAUCAACCCAGCAGUAGUGCGACUCCUAGUCCAGAGAAGACCUCUCCACCUGCCCCAAGCACACCUUCCAGCAGCUCCACGAAGCGGCUUCAGCAACCACAACCUUCACCAGAAUACAUCGACAGUGACGCUAAAGCAAAUUCACAGCAGCAGAAGAACAAGCGUUCAGCUAGCAUGAGCAGCACUGGCGUAGCAAGCACAAUCACUGAUACAAUCCCAAUGGCAGUGCCAACUGCAGCCCCCACUGUGAGUGCACUACGGCGUAGUAUGGACCUGGUUAAAUCUGGCAUAAAAAUUCUAGUGCCAAAGAGCCCGAUGAACAACCGCACUGACACAGAGGAGUCUCCCAGUGAGGCGGCGCACAGUUUGGAACAGGGAGGGCAAGAGCCAGAUGCAGUUCCUCCUGAAGUUGCCCUGCUGGAGAAACCUGCUGGAAUUGUGCGUGUACCGGGAGAGGAGCGGGCUCGUAUGGGCACGAGGCCCAGGGCGCAAACAGCCCUUCCACCGCCACAGAUCCCCAUUACACCAGCUGCUGUGCGCACAUUAAACGGGAAAGGAGUCACUACUCUCAUGGAGGCAUCAUCAGCCAAUGGAACAGCCAUUACACAGAGUGGUGCGGCAGGAGGGAUGGGCAGCUCAGGGCUAACAGGAAAACGGCGUUUUGAAGACCGCGCAACUUUUGACAAGCGCUUGCGGUUCAGUGUUCGUCAAACUGAGAGUGCAUACCGCUACAGGGACAUUGUAGUUAAGAAACAAGACGGCUUUACACACAUUCUGUUUUCUACUAAAACCUCUGAGAACAACGCACUGAAUCCUGAUGUAAUGAAGGAGGUUCAGAGUGCCAUGGCCACAGCUGCAGCUGAUGACAGUAAACUUGUGCUACUUAGCGCUGUGGGAAGUGUCUUCUGCUUUGGCCUCGACUUCAUUUAUUUCAUCAGACGGCUCACAGAUGACAGGAAAAAAGAAAGCAUCAAAAUGGCAGAGACAAUCAGAACAUUUGUCAACACAUUCAUUCAAUUUAAGAAGCCCAUCAUUGCUGCUGUGAAUGGACCUGCUAUUGGGCUUGGAGCAUCUAUCUUGCCCUUGUGUGAUGUAAUCUGGGCCAAUGAGAAAGCUUGGUUCCAAACUCCUUACACAACUUUUGGCCAAACCCCUGAUGCUUGCUCCUCCGUAACAUUCCCUCUCAUCAUGGGAGUAGCCUCGGCAAAUGAAAUGUUGUUGAGUGGGAGGAAGCUGACAGCUCAGGAGGCUUGUGCCAAAGGACUGGUAUCUCAGGUUCUGUGGCCAGGGACCUUCACACAGGAAGUCAUGGUUCGCAUUAAGGAGCUAGUAUCUUGUAAUUCAGUUGUUCUGCGCGAGUCCAAAGCGCUGGUGCGGAACAUUAACAGGGCCGCCCUGGAGCAGGCCAACGAGAGGGAAUGUGAGGCACUUAAGAGGGUCUGGGGCUCUCCUCAAGGCAUGGACUCCAUACUCAAAUAUCUCCAGAAGAAAAUAGAUGAAUUCUAAGUCAUCCGGUUGUCCAGCAGAUGUCAAAACCUCCAUUUUCAUCUGCAGACACCAUCCUCAAGUGCCUGAUGUUGAUGCCAGAGUUGAUUUAUUAAGACAAGGAUUGUCAGUGGUGAAUCGUCAUUGCAACUUUUUUAGUAGGAUUUUGAUGGAAGUCCUUAACAGAGGAAAAACUGCCGUGGUCUAGCCCGCAUCUGCCUUCGUCCAGGACAUAUUUCCUUUUUAUCAGACUGCAAAAAGCAGCAUCUCUUUCUGCUACUCUUGAUAAUGAACAGUGCAAAGUUUGUGCUAAAUCUUGCACGUUUCUCUAGGCACUGUGCAGAAGGAAAAAUCAGUUCUUCUCUUGCAUUCAUGUGAAUUCCUGUCAUCCUUCAACUCUAGCUCUGUUCUGUCAGAACUUGCCCCAGAAGUAUGACUUGUCUAAAAAUGACUGUCCCGAAUUUAUUUGUUAUAUGUAAUGUGGUUUUGAAUAAUUUUGAACACACCUCUUAUGCAGUUGCGACUGAUUGAGAAAAGAUGGUAAAGUCUGUGUAACUUAUGAAAAGGAUGCUUAAGAUUUGAAUGAGUUGAGGUUUUGUGUUAGUGUGUAUGUGCGCGCAUCAGUUCGGUUACCAGUAAAGGGAUCGUUUGCCUAAAAAUUCUGUCAUCAUUUACUCACCCUCAUGUACUUCCAAACCCAUAUGAUUUCAUUUUUGGAACAAAUAAUGACAGAAUUGUUCUUUUUGGGUAGAUUUUCCCAUUAAGCAGGCAUUAUUAGAAUCAGGUCUUUCAUAAGCAGUUGGCUACUCUUUAGUAGGUACUUUUAUUACAUUGUCUUUGUGCCUAUAAAAAUCACCCAAGUCUUCAGACAUAUCUUCAGCAUUCACAUUGGUAAGCCUUUUGUAGUAAUUUUGACUUUAUGAAUUGAUACUCCCCUUUGCCUGCUAUAUUAAGUCAAUACAUUUUGUGGUAACAUCAAGCAGGCACUGAUGGCAAUAAAAUAAUUAUACAAAUGCAUGGAAUUUGGCAUCAGUGCUGCUAUAGCAUCAAUUUAAGCAGACCUGACAGCUUACCAAUGCUUACUAAAACUUAUUUAAACAUGAUUAUGCUCAAUUUAAAUUGGCCAUAAGAUUCAAGUGAACAAAAUGGAUAGUCAAGUUCAUGUGAACUAGCAGGAAUUAAGUUAUUUGUAUGUAUAAAGUUAACUUUUGUGAGUUUUGCAUUUUUUUUUACUUUUUUUUACUUUUAUGGUUUCGUUUGUAUGUUUUGAUAUUGCAAACUAUUUGCUUUGGAGUAACAAUAUAACACCAAAUAUUUUUGAUGUAAAUGUUGUUCACUGAAUUUUUCUAAUUUAAUAAUAAUAAGUUAAUGACAAAUGUAAUUAGUAUAUUCCUCAUACGAGUCAAUUAAGGAUGCUGCCAUUUUGAACCGUUUUAAUGCUGCAUCCUUUUGUUCUGCUGACUCCGACUGGACUGCUGUAUCACCAGACUGGACAUUAAACGUCCAUCUCUAAGGGAAGAGCCAUAUCCUCUGACACACCUAUUAGCUAGUAGUAUGCACUAUUAUUGGAUGACAAAAGUUUUCUUCAAUGUUGUUGUAUUUUUAUAAUAAUGGUGGGUGGGGUUGAAGUAUGUUGAGGAAUAUGGGCUAUGAGAAUUACAAGUUGAGGCUGCAUCCUGUCCAUGUAGCAUGCAAAUACAACAUUAUCAUUUGAAAAGUGCUACCACCUGCAGAAACAUCUACAUUUGAACCUCCGUUUUUUCCCAUUUUUAAUAUCAUACCUAUAAAAAGUCCAUAUUAUUUUGUUCAGCGGGAAAGCAUCCAGCUGCAGUCCAGUCACUCAUUUUGAAAAUCUCACGAAAAAAAAAAAACCUAUGCACUGUGUCCAACUCUUGUUCAGAAUUUGUCUGUUUCACAAAAAACUUCCCAGGGAAGCAAAACACAAUCCACUAACUAAUUGUAAAAGUUCAGCUCAGCCCAGCCCCAGCAAUAAAAUGUGUAAUUUAUAUUUGCGGUUAAUUCUAUUCAGUAUUUAUUGACCAUCGAUAGAGUAUGCUUCAGUGGUUCUUUAACAUGGAAUAAUAAUAGAGGGUCCUGUGUGGUUCUCCCUUCCCAAAUGGUUGUGUAAAUUAAUUCUUGUUUACGGAAUUGUAUUUAUGAUUGUGAUAAUAGAAUUGUUUUCAUUCUUACUAUUAUACUUAUUGAAUGGUUUUGAUUUUCCCCCCAAAAAUGUGGAAGGUUAUAUUUGACUAUGAAGUAUAUCAUGACAUUAUUCCUAAAUAAUGUCUUAUCUAUUUUAAAAACUUAAAUAUUUGUGAUGUAAUCUCUUGGUUCAUUGGCUUAUAAACUGAUGCGGAGAAAUGCAUCCCAUUAGUUUGAUCUGUGAUCAUUUUUACCAUUUAGUAACAACUGUUAACCCUAGCAGACAACCAGAAACAACAGCUCCUAAAUUAAUGAGCACAGCUUUGCUUUUAGUGAUAGCUGAAGUUUACAAUUGUUUUGUCAUUUUGAGCCAGUGUAAUUUUCAGCUCAACUCACACAGAGUGUGAUGUAAUUGGAUGUAAAGCACUGCAGUCUUUAUACCUGAGAAAACAUAUUUGUUUGCAAAGAACAUCAAAAUACCUUUGUCCUAGUCACUUCACUGACAAAAGUAUAUAUUUUCUCCUGUUUAACAUUAUCGCCCAUCCUAACUUUUAACAUGGCUGCACAGAAUUGUUCUGCCUUUAGUCUCAAAUGCUGGUUAAAUUUUUUUGUUAUAUAUAUAUAUAUAUAUAUAUAUAUAUAAUGUAUUGGCAAGGCUUAUUUCUUGUAGUUGGAUCUUAUCCUAAAUGCUAUAAAUUGUACAGUCUGUAAAGAUUUCAUUUAGAUUUCUGAACAUGUAACAGCUGUGAAAAAACUGGUCAAAAUAAAUUGAUAUACUAUA